UAAUUUUUGACCAAAAUAAUAUCACCAAAUUAAAAUUUCCCGUUCAAACUAAACGACACCGUUUGUGUUUUAUUGUGGCUAACAUGAGCUCGGAGAAGAAAGAGGAACGCCGCGAAGAAGGUAACGGAGGGAGAUCGUCAACGGAAGUUGUUCGGACGGUAACGGAGGAAGAGGUGGAUGAGUUUUUCAAGAUAUUACGGAGAGUACACGUGGCGACGCGGACGGCUGCGAAAGUUAACGGCGGUAUCGGUGAAGGAGAGUUACCGUCUAAGAAGAGGAAACGGAGUCAGAGCCUCGGGUUGAGAAACUCAUUGGAUACUAACGGCGUUCGAGACGGAGAAUUCGAUGGAAUAAAUCGGGUCGGGUUACGGAAUCCGGGUUUGGAUCUGAACUGUAAACCGGAACCCGAAGCCGUUAGUUUGUAAUUCCUUCUUCAAGAUUUCUCCUCACCUUCAAUAAUCAAUUUUCGAUAUAUUUUCGAUAUCACCUAAAUAUAUAUAUAUAUUUUAAAAAAAAGUCUGGUUUAAAACGGUAUUCAGAUUGUUAUCUAAAGUCUAAUGCUG